GUCAGUAUAAUAUUAUGUGGUUUAUCUAAAUUUUAUGAUUUGCAGUCAAAAGCACAUUAUUCAUUCUUGUGUAUGGUGCACUUCACAAAAUACCAUGAUCGUAAUACAAUAUAUUUGUGUUUUCCUUUAUGUAUGUCAAAUGUCGAAGUUUACUUAUUCCAAAGUAAUCGGAAGACCCAAACAAAGUUUAAGCGUAGAUUUGCCAAAAUGCUCAUCAGAUGAUUGGAUUUGUUUUGAAGGUAAAGUCAUAGACAAUUCUUCAGUCAUGGCGUAUUUUAGCAGAUAUAUUUAUAUUCUAUGGUCAUAUUAUUACCAAGAUGUGAAAAACAUAAACGUUAAUGAAACGAAUAGUAUGACCAUUGAAAUACAAAACGAAGAAGGGCCAACAGAUUACGAUUAUUAUAAUGAAUUGGAACAAGGGAUUUUGAAUGACGAUUCCUCGAACAAAGUGAAAAGAUCACUUGAACUCGUUGAAGAACAACCCCCUGAAGGAACUUAUCGCCCUCCACCCAAUGAUGAUGAUACUAGAACCGUUCGUUCAUUACCUGAUAUACCUUCAACGCCCUCGAUGCCUUCUAUGCCAUCUUUGCCUUCUUUGCCCUCAUCUUCAACCCCGCAGCCACCUACGAUGCCUUCCGUGCCAUCAAUACCUCAACCACCUACAAUGCCUUCCAUGCCAUCAAUACCUCAACCCACUACAAUGCCUUCAAGUGGACCAAAUACAGAAGCGACCAAAUACGAAGUAACGACUCAAUCACCGGAAAUGGAACAGCUUGAGACUACUACGGAAGACUACGGUAAUAUUGGUGAACCAAAUUGCGAUUACGAUCCUCUUUCCUUUGUUUUAAAAUGUGGUUUAAAUUUAAUCACUAGUAUAUUUGGAUUAUCUGAUACAUGUUGCAAACCAAUAAUUUAAUAUAUUUAAUUUAUAGACCUAACAAAUAUAACAAUAACCUACACCAAAAAGCUAAAAUAAUUAGGUACAUUCAGUACAUAACACCUGUCGCCUAUUAUAUUAUACUAUUCUGUUUACUUUAAAAUAUGCCAUAAAUACGAUUUGAUUUCAUACUGUAGCUUAGAUGUAUUUAAGUAGGUACCUAUAUAAAUAUUUUUAAUGAAGAAACGUCAAUGUACACACAAAAAUGUAUCAAUGAAAACCACAAUUACAUAAUUUAUACACUUAUCAAAAAAAUGAAACGUAUUUCGAAUAAAGCUGUGUAAUAUUUUUGAAACAAAAGUUCCAUCUUCACUGUUAUU